AUGUCCUCACGCAAAUCCAUCCUCAUCACCGGCGCCGGCGGUCUCGUCGGCCCCCUCCUCGCCACCCGCCUCCUCCGCGACCCCCGCUACUCCCAAUACACCAUCUACCUAACCGACCUCGCCCCACCCAUCGUCCCCUCCGGCCCCGACAUCAUCAACCCCUCCCGCGCGAUCCCCAUUCAAGGGGACAUCACCUCCCCUUCUUUCGUCUCCUCCCUCAUCUCCGCCACACAAAAAGACGGCGCAAAGUUAGCAGCAGUGUUCAUCUUCCACGGCAUCAUGUCCGCCGGGUCCGAAGCCAACUUUGAGCUCAGUUUAAAAGUCAACGUGGACAGUGUACGGUUAUUACUCGACGAAAUCCGCACCUCCGCGCCCGGGACGCGGGUCGUUUACAGCAGUAGUCAGGCUGUAUACGGCCAGCCGCUGCCAGCGGUAGUGACGGACGAUGUCAUGGCGACGCCUCAAUCAACCUACGGCGCGCACAAGCUGAUGAUGGAGACUUACAUCAACGACCUGCACCGCAAGGGAUUCAUCGAGGGAUUCGUGGUCCGCUUCCCCACUAUUUCUGUGCGGCCGGGUAAGCCGACGGCCGCUGCUUCUUCCUUUUUGUCGGGGAUCAUAAGGGAGCCGUUGGCGGGGAAGGAGUGCGUGGUUCCUAUUGAGGAUCGCAGCUUUAAGUCGUAUCUGUCGAGCCCGUCGACGAUUGCGGAGAAUUUGGUGCGGGUGUUGGAGAUGGAUAGUGACAAGUUGCCGGAGCAUAGGAGGAGUGUUAAUUUCCCGGGGAUUAGUGUGAGUGUGCAGGAGUUGUUGGAUGCGCUGGAGAAGUAUGGGGGGAAGGAGAAACUGGGGCUGGUGAGGGAGGUGAGGGAUGAAGGACUGGAGAAGGUGUUGAGGAGCUGGCCGACGGAUUUUGAUACGAGUAGGGCGGUGGGGGGGUUGGGGUUGGUGGUUGAUGAGGGGGUGGAGGGGUUGGUUGGGGAGUAUGUUGAGAGUUUGAAGCGGGAUGAGUGA